AUGUUGGAAGCUCAUCUGUCUAAUAAAUUGUCUUCACAACCUGAGAUGAAUCCCAAGGAGAAUGCUAGUACAGUAACUUUGAGAAGCGAGAAGCAAUAUGAUCCACCUAGUCCUCCAAUGCCUCGUAAUUUGUCAUCCAAGCCACAAGUUGAGUGCUCAGUUGAUGAAGAUUUGCCUCCAAAGCCAAACAACCCUACACAGCCAACCCCUAAGCCUAAUUUUGUCACCCCACCUCCUUUCCCAAGUAGAUUGAAGAAGACUAAAAAGGAAGAGGUUGACAAGGAAAUUCUUGAUACAUUCCACAAGGUAGAAGUGAAUAUUCCUCUUCUUGACGCUAUUAAACAGAUGUCGCGCUAUGCUAUGUUUUUGAAAGAAUUAUGCACUAAUAAGUCCUCUAUAAAUGUCAUUCCAUUCUCCAUUUAUGCUUCAUUGAAUCUCAGUCCACUUGAAGAAACAGGGGUGAUUAUUCAAUUUGCUGAUAGGUCGAAUGCUUAUCCCAGGGGUGUAAUAGAAGAUGUUUUAGUUCAAGUGAAUAAAUUGGUGUUUGCAACAGAUUUCUAUGUUCUUGAUAUGGAAGAUGAAUCCAUUCCAUGCUCCACUCCAAUUUUGUUGGGAAGACCAUUCAUGAAAAUUGCAAGAACCAAGAUUGAUCUGCAUGACGGUACAUUGACCAUGGAAUCUGACGGGGAGAUAAUUCGAUUCAAUAUUUUUGAGGCUAUGAGGUAUCCAAGUGAUGUACAUGCUAUUUACUCUCUUGAAGUGUUGGAUAUCCUUUCUCAACGAGUCUUAGAUUUGCAUAAUGAAGACUAUUUAGAGGUUGCAUUGAGAGAGCAUCUUGUAUUGACCGAUGAAGAUUUUUCUGAUGAGAUCACGGAUGUCAUAAUCGCACUCAAUAGUGGUUUUGACAAGACUUUUAAGAAGGUUGCAUUUAUGGAUUUACCGAUUUCUAAUGAGAAAUUGCAGCCAUAA